AUGAGUUCCCAUGUCCAACAACGACAUAAUUAUUCGGAGGAUAAAUUAAGUGACAUUUACUUAGGUCAAACUCAAGGAAAUGAAAAUAUGCAUAGAUCUUUCCAACCUUUACAAUCUAGUUUUGAAAACUUGAAUGGUACCUUAUCAGAAAAAGGGUCAGCAAAGAUACCUCUUGUCGCUGGCAAAGAUUUGAACGGGUUUCAAUCACGAACAUCUGACAUUGGUCGUGUCAUUCCACAACAGGAGAUUCUUUCUCGCAUUGUCCCUUUUUGGGAAUUAUUUAUCAGUAGUGUUGGUCUUUUUGGUUAUCAUAUCGUAAAUUUAGCUGCUCAUAAUAUCGGUGGCAAACAUCCUUUUAUCGUUCUUUUCUUUAAUGGAUGUAAAUCAGAAUUUCAACAACCAAAUCUCGAUGUGUCCUGGCUUUUAUAUAAGGAAUGUCAUAGACAUGGUUAUCCUGGUGCAUUCACAGCAUUAUGGAAUUCCCCUUUUUUCCUCUUUUGCUACUUUUUCAAAGAACAAAAACGUAUAGAUCUUUUAACCAUCCCUAAUAGGUUCAUGAAAUUUAGAAAAUGGACUUAUUGGCAAAUUCAUAGAUUUGCUUUGGCAUU